AGCGCGGAGACACAUCCGAUCGGCGGUGCGCGGUGCCGCUCGUGGGCUCGCGUUGCUCUUUCUGCGCGUGACGCCUGGGAGGCUCUUCCGCUGCCCGCGCGCCUUCCCCUCCUGUCCUGAUCGUCCGGCAGUGCUGCGCGACCAUGGCGUGGCCGUGCAUCAGCAGGGUGUGCUGCCUGGCGCGCUUCUGGAGCCAGUUGGACAGGUCCGACCUCUCGGUGCCGCUCAGCACCCAGAGCUACUCGGCCAUCAGCGAGCCGGAGCCGGAGCCGGAGCACAGAGCCCCGAGGAGCGGGCGCGCUCCCGCUGCCGACCAGAGGACGUCGCGGGCCGGGAGAGACGCCGUGUUCGAAGCCCGCGACGAGUGCCGCCCCCCCGGGGGCCCUUUCCACUGCGUGACCCGCUACAAAGAGGACUUUCAGCCCUGGCCUGUUCCCAGGAAGGAGACCUUCCCCUGGAUCGGCGAGGGCAGGAGGCACGAGCGUCUGCCGGAGGGUCCGCAGUAUCCAGGGGACUCGGCCCAGGAGCCGGGAGGCACGGGAGCGCGCAGCACAAACGCCUACGGGCAAGAGCAUCGGCCCUGGAUGGGAGCGAGACCCCCAAAGCUGGCUCAGAAAGAACCCGUAAACAUGAGCUCCACCAUGACUGAGUUCCGACCUGAGACCAGUUACCAGGCUGCCUUCAGCGGAGACACCUUCAAACAGAUGGAGAUACUGCAGGUAGACCCAACUGGAGGCCAGCGACACCGCCUACCUGAGAGGCCACAGCUCAGACAUGGGGCCAGAGGAGAGGAACAGGUAGUUAAAACCAAGCUGUCACCUAAUUCCUCUGCCAUCUUUCAAAGUGGUUCCAGAAUCUUCAACAUAUGAUUGAGUCCUCGUGGCAAAAACAAGGAAACUAUGUUUUUAUUUUCAGUCCCUUCAAGACAACUAUGCAAAGGAAAACGUUUCAAAUGAUUCCAUUACAGCUGAAACAGCAGUGUCGUACACUAAAAAGUUGUGCGAAUAGCUGGGGAAAAGGGUUUUCCAUUUAAAAUGGAGGGAACAAAUGUGCAUGUUUUAAAUUAAUUUAAAGCCAGAUUAUUUUUCCAGUUUCUAAUAUAUUAACAUAGUGGCUGCCCUGUAAGUUUUCUGUGUGUAUUUGUGAAAAAAUGCACAAAAUAUUACUUGGAAUAAGACAUGUUUGGUACAGUCCAUCCCAUUUCAAUAACAGCUUGUCCUAAGCAGGGUCUCAGUGAACCAGAGCCUAUCCCAUAUGCUUUGAAUGCAAGACUGACUGGAUGGGAUGCCAGUCAAAUCACAGCAUUGCCACACUCGCUCACCCAUCAAGGGCAAUUUAGCAUAUGUCUUUGGACUAUGGAAGGAAACUGGAAACCCACACAGAUGUGGGAAGAACAUGCUCUCCAAUGAACAACUCCACACAGACUGAGCAGGGGAAUCAAACACACGUUUGUUUGGUGCUGUGAGACAGCAACACUACUGACUGCACCCCAGUACCACCGUUAUAUAGUUUUUAAAGUAAGUCGAGUUACUAAGCGUAUGCACAAAUCAGUUUUAACACUGACAGCAAGUUAGCCCUUCUGUCUACUAGUUUUUUAUUUCAGGAC